AUGCAUUUUAUUGACCAGGGGCAGGCAGCGAACGCGAGGCUUUCUCAGAAACUUGCGAUGCCCUCAAGCGUUCUGCAACGCCAGCGGCUUUCGACGCUCCAGGAGGACCAUUUGUCGCCUUCCCGCGUGGGCUCCUUCGUUGGUGUGCCAACCAAAGCGGCGCCAAAGUGUUUGUCGGAGAGCAGGACAAAGGGUGACAUGUCCAAGUGCUCCAAAGCAGACGAUCCGGGGAAUGCAGGAUCAGGUCAUGGUCUAGUGAGGCCCAUCUCAGCAGCUGGCACACUAACUUCUGCUCGCGCCGCUCCACGAACUUCGCCUCAGGUGCACUCUCGCUCCUCCACCGCGCCGUCAACACGACGUCCUUCUCGUGAUAGGCACGCGAACCAUGGGCCUGAGGCCGCAAGCCGGCGCGCAGCCCCAUAG